GAGAAGUUUGUAUUCUCUUAGCUUUUUUUGUCGUUUGGAUCUUUUGUCGAAAUAGGUGUUGCAUAAGGAAAGAGUAUUUUGGCAAAAUCAGGAAGGAGAAGACGUUUUUGAUUUUCUCGCGUCAAGUUCUUUGAUUGUUGUAGCGAAAGACAAGGCUUCUGUUGAUUGAAUAUAAAGAAAUGAUUAAAGAAACAAUCAUUGACGAAAGUAGAGAAUUGAUUUCGGAUGAAUUGGUUGCUCUACAGUCUAUUUAUCCUGAGCUUGAAUUGGAUGGCAACAAUUGUGGUCGCGUUUCCAUUCCUGUGUCAACAGAAGAUACGUUUUAUUUAUCUUUUCCUGACUUAAAGACGAAUAAAUUAGACACUAUAGCAGUUAAACACUUUCCUGCUAUAGAAUUAGAGUUUUUUCUUCGACAAGGAUAUCCUCAAAAGUCGCCUCCUGUAUUCUUUGUAAAAUCAUCAUGGCUUCCUAUACAGAAAGUACGUGCUUUAACAUCCCAUAUGUUGGCACUGUGGAAUGAAAUUCAUGACUGCGUUCUGUUCGAUGCAAUUGAACUUGUGCGCUCUGAUGCAUCAUCGGCAUUUCAUUCUCCAAAGGAGAUGGUCUUUCCACCAGGUUCAGAGAGUUUGAAAGAAGAAGUUCUUGCAACUGAUAAGCAUGCUACUUUAGCGGAAUUUGAAAACCGUAAGUUUACGUGUUUAAUAUGUUUCGAUCAAUUCAGCGGUAAAGAUUGUUUUCAGCUCGCUCGUUGUGGUCACGUAUGCUGUAAGCAAUGCCUCACAGACUACUAUUCUGUAUGUAUUGAGGAAGGGAUGUUUUCUCAGUUGAAGUGUGUCGAUUUGGAAUGUGCUAAAACUGCUCCUAUCUUAUCCCUUGAGGAAAUGGAAAUGAUUGUAGGUUCAGAUUUGAGAAAGAGAUUUCAAGAAUUAGACGAAAAAAGGAGGUAUGAAAACGACACAAAUAUUGUAUUUUGCCCACGUAAAUCCUGUCAGGGUCCAGCGAGGAGAGAUCCUGGUCAAAAAUUAGCAAUCUGUCUGAAAUGUGAUUUUGCUUUUUGUUCCUUUUGUCAAGCAUCGUGGCAUGGUGACUUAUCUGCCUGUAGACUUCAGGGUGAUUCUAAGAAGCUAGUAAAGAUGUAUUUAGAGCAUCUUGAAACAGACAAGGACAAGGCUGAAGAACUUGAAAAGCGUUAUGGUAAACGCAUACUGGACAAACUUGUCGAGCAAGUUCGAAAUGACGAAGAAGCCGAGCGUUGGGCUCUUUUAAACGGCCAGCGUUGUCCUACUUGUGACCGAGUCGUUGAGAGGAUAGAUGGAUGUUGUCACAUGAUUUGUCUUUGCGGGACUCACUUUUGCUUUCUUUGCGGUGCUUAUCUUAUGGAAGCGAAUCCUUAUAUACACUUCAAUGACCCUAGUAGUACGUGUUAUGCGAUGUUAUUUGCUUCCCCAGAAGAGAAACAACGCUUUUCCGAAAACUGGCUAUGAAUACAAUAAGAAAUUGGAAGCAUCUUCUUAAUUAUGAGGAUUUAUGAGGAUAAAGGACAAAAAAAAUGUACAUUUAGAUUUCUAGAUUAUUUAUUUACCCCUUAAUAACAUUUUUUGAUGAACUUGGUCA